AUGCUCGCCCGUAUUGGAUUAUACUCAAGACCUCUUUGUAGAAGUGUUUUCAGAAAUGGAACAGCUUUCAGUGCUGUGAGAGGGAUCUCCACUGUCAAGACCACUUAUGAACAUGAACAAGAAUUGUUGAUUGCUCAAAGAAAGAACAGACCAUGUUCUCCUCAUUUGACUAUUUAUACGCCUCAAAUCACCAUGAUUUUAUCAAGUUUACAUCGUAUUACUGGUGUAGCUAUGGGAGGUGCAUUUUAUGCUGUUACCAUUGCAUAUGCUGCUACAUCUAUUUUGAACAUCCCAUUUGAUUCAAACACUUUGGUAUCUUAUUUCACUGAAUUGCCUGUUACCCUUCAAUACGGUGUUAAGGCUGCUAUGGCAUACCCAUUCUUUUUCCAUUUCGGUAAUGGGUUAAGACACUUGCUUUGGGACACCGGUAAGGAAUUGACCAUUAAAGGUGUCUACAGAACCGGUUACAUUGUGUCUGCCGUUUCUGUUGCUCUUGCUACUUACUGGACUUUCUUUUAG